GGUUUAGUAGUAGUAGUGGUGGCGAUGAUGGUGGUCGUUGGCUAGAGUUGCAUGCGCUUUACACGUUCACACACAUCGACACAUGAGUCGGUGUCGUUUAGUCGCGCUACUCGAGCAUACAACAGCAUUGGCGCAUACACGUGAGACUUCUUGGCGGGUAGUCGUUGAAUCUUCGGCUAGAUAAAGGAAGAAUGUGGAAUAACAAGAGGAACAAUAGAAACAGAUAAUUACUUUAUCGCGUUCUCCACCAAAAUUUCACUCUUCUUCUCGUUUUUUUUCUUUUUUCCCCCAUUUAGCAUAGGGGAGUAACGUAUUCAAGGAGAACUAGAAGAAAGGCAAAAGAAGGAAUAAAGUAACGAAGAAGAAGACUCGAAGGAACAACAAAAGGAAGAAGAAAGGAUUGAUUAGUGGUGGGGGGGAGAAGGGUGGUAGGGAAGAAAAUAUAACGACAAGUACGCGGUGGUAGGAUUUUCGUUCGGAGUCGUACUUGUCAGUCGGCUCUCGCGGCGUUAGCUAGGAAGAAUGCGCAUGAUCGAUCGCACGCGUUCUGAUCGGUCGGAGAUGUGAUACCGGAAGUAGAUACGGCGGUCUUAACCUGCAUCGCGUGCAGGUGCGGCCGCGAGUGCGUGCUACGAGAAACGUGUAGGGUGCGAGGGCGUGUGAGUACCAAAGCCUUUCGAAACAAGUAAGAAAAGUACGUUGAGAGGGAGAGAGAGGGAGAGAAAGAGAGAGAGAGAGAGAGAGAGAGAGAGAGAGAGAGAGAAAGGACGAGUGUAUGAGAGAGCGUGUGUGGAUGUGAGUGAGUGAGUGUGUAUGCGUGUGCGUGUGAGUGCUCGUGUACAUGAGAGGGAGAGAGUUCUGCGUAAAGUGUCACUGUUGAAGGGUAGAAAGAAAAAAAGGGGGUGACAAAGGAAAGAGAAAGAGAUGACAAUACGUUCGAGCAUUGGUAAAACGUCGUCGCCGGCUCGCUUGGCGACGACGCCGAUCUUUUUUUUUCCGUCCUACGUCAAGAUGUGGAAUUUAAGUAUGCACCUGAUCUGCGCCAUCGCCUUCUGUUUCUUAAUCGCUCUCGACCGGCCUGCCUUUGGCCAGCCAGAUCCACCUGAAUCGAUCACCAUCGAAAAUAACUUCGAUCGAGGAAACAAGAAAUAUAGCGACAGUUGCGUAUCCGAUCGCGAGUGUGGCUUCAACGGAUCUUACUGUGAACCGAAGAAGAACAUAUGCACUUGCAGAGAAGAAUUUAAAAUCACUAAUCAUAUUGACAAAUGUGGAAACCCGGUGAACGUUAACGAGAGUUGCUUCUUUCACGAACAAUGCGAGGCACGUGUGAGCCAAACAGAAUGCAGGGACAAUCGAUGCAUUUGUAUCUUCGAGAAGAUUCCUGUGACGCAGCCCGACGGUGCCAUAGUUUGCAUUGCCGAGAACAAAGAACCACCAAGUUUGCAAUACGUGGACCCAGCGAUGAUCGGAGUUCUCGUUGGCAUGGCACUGAUGUUCGUCAUUAUAUGCGUCGUCCUUAGACUUUUCAGCAAAGCACGUUGGCGAGAAAAUCGAACGAUUUUCAACACUCCCAACGCACGAUUGAUGAACGUCUCCUUGUUAAGGGAUAACAAACUUCUACAUACACAGGAACGUCGUGGUUCUAGGGCAAGUGUACGCGUACCAUCGAGGCAACCAUCGAUGGUUUCUUUGCGUGCACACUCGCCAAAUGCCUCGCAAGGUGCGAAACACACUCAGCACUCUCAACACAGAGUGAGCCGGUCACGUACAGGAUCGCGACGUGGCAGCCGUGGUAGCAGUGGCAACGCAUCGGCCGUAUCAACCAAAUCAAACAACAAAUCACCACCAAGUAAUCCUCAAAACAACGUGACAGAUCCGGUCUUGGAAAACGUCACCGUUGAGAUUCUCGAACCCAAAGCGUAGAUUAUUGGAUCGAUUAAUCAUCCUAACCCCCUCCCGCGUUUCUAUUGUUUCAUCGAUCGGAUUUUACAUACAUUUUCAUAAGCGACAAAUAAUUUUGCUUUUCUUUUUUUUUCUCACUCACUCACUCACUCACUCACU